AUGAAGAUGAAGGAGCGUUGCACUUGGCAGCGCGCUUUAAUCAUGUGGAGGUUCUGCGCUUGUUGCUGGACGCUCGCGCUUCCUGCGACCAGACCACAUCAAACUGGGGGGGAGACAGCUUUGAUCUUAGCCGCUCGACGUGGAUUCGUUGAAAGUGCGCGCUGUUUGCUCAAGUCUGGCGCAACACGUGAUCAUGCCCGGACCGACCGUGGCGCCACAGCGUUGCACUAUGCAGCUGGCGGGGGCCAUUUAGAGUUUGUGAUCCUGUUGGUGGAACAUCAGGCAUCCGUCGAUUUGGAAAUGACGGGCCUCAGCGCUGGCAUGACAGCUGCACACGUCGCAUCUGCUGCAGGACGCGUGGAGGUGCUGCGGUGGUUGCUGCAGAAUGGUGCAACUAAGGCUUUGUCUCCUACCCCAAUGAGUGGCCUCCACAUGGCAGCGGAUUGUUCCCGGCUGGAAGUCGCGCACUUGCUGGUGGAGCAUCUAGUGGGGCAUCGCGCAACCCUUGAUGGGACAAUGGCUUGCGGCGAAACUGCAUUGCAUUUGGCAGCGGCCAGUGGCUCCGUGGACAUAGUCUGGACCGAAGGCACCAUGGAGAUCGAGCAAUGCUCGGGGCGCCUGGAAUGGCUGGAUCCUAUGCCACGUGAGGCGCUUGAAACAGUUCUGAAGUCAUCGCUCUUUCCAUGUGGAAUGGACGUCUGCGCGGACCAAUCGGGUCUUCCGAUUGACAUUAUCUAA